AUUUUUAACCUAAUUUGUGAUUUGAAACUUUAUAAAUUUAAAAAUCCGAGUUUUUGAGCUAUUUGAUACAAGACGCCACGGUUAACAACCGACUCACAAUUGAUAGACAUUCUCCAUCAAACUUAAGCGAGUAUGGUGGAAGAGAAAGAUAGCCAGAGUAUGGUUGUGGAAGAGAAAGAUAACCAGAGUAUGGUUGUGGAAGAAGAAAAAGAUAGCCAUAGUAUGGUGGAAGAGAAAGAUGGCCAGAGUGUGGUGGAAGAGAAAGAUGGUGAGGCCCAAGAAGAGACCAAAUUGGUGGUUCCAUGGAUGAGAGCUCCCGUUAACGUCAGCAAUGUCGAUAGCUGCUCACUCGAAUCCCUCCCUUGCCUUCAUCCCAGUUUAAAGGAGGCCUUGGAGAAUAUGGGUAUAUCAUCACUCUUUCCAGUGCAAGUUGCAGUUUGGCACGAGACAAUAGGACCAGGUGGUUUCCAAAGAGACAUCUGUGUUAACUCUCCAACAGGAAGUGGAAAGACUCUCUCUUACGCCUUACCAAUCGUCCAGACACUUUCAUCUCGUGCUGUUAGAUGUCUCCGUGCUUUAGUCGUAUUACCCACUCGUGAUUUAGCCUUGCAGGUUAAGGCUGUUUUUGAUAGUAUAGCACCAUCUGUGGGGUUAUCUGUUGGUUCAGCUGUUGGUCAAUCUUCGAUAGCCGGCGACAUCGCGCAGCUCAUUAAAACACCUAAACUUGAUGCAGGGAUAUGUUAUGAUCCUGAGGAUAUGUCACGGAAUCUUGAGAGUAGUGCUGUUGAUAUAUUGGUAGCAACACCAGGAAGGUUGAUGGAUCAUAUCAAUAACACAAAGGGCUUUACUCUUGAGCAUUUGCGUUACCUUGUUGUUGAUGAAACCGAUAGAUUGCUUAGGGAGUCAUAUCAAGACUGGCUCCCAACUGUUCUGAAACUGACUCAAGCAUCUGAUGAUGGCCUGUUUCCUUCAUCUACUAUACCUUUUCUUCCUUCUGGUUUUGGUUCUUUGCAGACUAUCCGUAGACAAAGUGUGGAGAGAGGUUUCAAGGGUAAACCAUAUCCAAGGCUAGCGAAGAUGGCGUUAUCAGCUACAUUGACACAGGACCCAAGCAAGCUUAUUCAGCUUGACCUGCAUCAUCCUAUAUUCAUGACAACUGGAGGAACCCGAUACAAACUACCCGAGAAGUUGGAAUGUCUUCAAAUGAUUUGUGAAUCCGGGCUGAAGCCUGUAUACUUAGUUGCUCUCUUAAAAUCAAUGGAAGGUGAAAAGUGUAUCGUAUUCACAUCUUCUGUUGAGACAACUCGUCGUCUAUGCAAGCUACUUAACUUUUUCGGUGACGCAAUGAUAAAAGCAAAAGAGUAUUCAGGUGGUCUUAACCAAGCAGUUCGAAGCAAAGAACUAAAGGCGUUCAGAAAAGGAGACAUUCAAGUUCUUAUUUCAUCUGAUGCUUUGACUCGUGGAACGGAUGUUGAAGGUGUAACAAAUGUCAUUAACUAUGACAUGCCUAAACAUGUAAAGACCUUCAUCCAUCGUGCUGGACGGACAGCUAGAGCAGGUCAUGCCGGACGGUGCUUCACAUUGCUGAGUAAUCAUGAAGUGAGGAGAUUUUCAGAUCUCUUGAAGAAAGUUAGGAAUGCUUCAUGCCCAGAGUAUCGAAUCCCAUCCCCUUUGUUUGAUCCUGUCUGUGCCAUUUAUGCACCUGCUCUGGAGAAGCUGAAGGAGUCGGUUGAACCAACAACACCGAAAAAAGGAAGACAAGGUUUUAAGCACAAUUCAAGAAGCAGAAACUGACAAACUAAAGGCAACAAAGCGACAUCGGAACAAGCAUAGUUUGGUCUUGGUGUCGCACGGGUCAUAUACUCAAACGGGUCGGAUUCAGUAACGUAGAUGUUGCUCACUUUAUUGUUUCAGUCAAACGCAAAUUAUUAAUAACAGAUUCUGCCAAGGGAAAUUUUGUUUAAUAUCAUUUACUGAUAUCAAAAAUGAAAAAAACUAUCAAAUACUUUGUUCGGAAAUUGCAUUGUAUAAUAGCAUACAAAAAUGUGGAACCUAGCCAUUUU